GAACUCAGGUUGUUUGACCUCGAAUGGCCUUAAAUACCCCCAGUGCUUCCCACGAAGAACCAUCAUUCGCGUUUCCAUCGAUGCCCUGCCAUGUUCUCUGUCAACUCUCCUCCGCCAGCUCUUUCUCAGCACUCUCUGGGUCCAUUAUUAGCUACUUUAUCGAUAGAAGUGAGCUAUCCAUUUCAUUCGCAUCUUAUUGGCAGAUCGGGGAAGAACAUCAAUCGUACGAUGAAAGAAACUGGAACCCGCAUCCAUUUCCCGGAUCGCAAUCGCAUCGCCAGCGAACUCAAGAGUAAUAGCGUAGUGAUUCGUGGUCAGCCAGCCAAUCUUGAAAAUGCUCGCCAACGAAUUCGGGCGGAUAUUCCGGUGGAAGUCAUUGUCGAUUGCAGCUUUGAACGGAUAAAUGCCAUUGGCCAGUCAUCCCUCUUGCAAUACUUUUCCACAACAUUUGAUGUCUUGUUGCGUUUCUUUCCAAAGAUUGAUGGUGUCAACUGCCAGGUCAACAUCCGUGGACACCAGAAUGGAAUCAAAGAGCUUAAAGAUUCAGUAAUCUACUUUAGACAACUAAUGCAUAGUAACCUGGACACCGUAGUAAUGAAGAUAGAGACAUCCUUCGAUCACGUUUGGCUUAUUCGGGACCAUAUAGACAAAAUCGUGGCAGCAACAGGCGCUGGUAUUCGUUGCCCUGAUGUUUCUGUCUUGAAAGAGCUACCUAAAAAGUAUUGUGUUUGGAUCCGUGGUUCUUUCGACCAAGUUCACUUGGCCAGCUCAAUGCUACAUGGAUUGCUGCCAAUGCAAUUGAUGGUUCAAGUUCCAUCAGAUCGUGUUAGUCGUAGUUUUCUGGUUGAGGCGAAAGACGUUGAUGUUUUGGCUCGUUUAGAACGCUCCAUGGAUACUCUGACUAUCCGACUUACUUCUUACGAAUGGAAUGCACGAAAUUUGUUUGAUUUGCUGAGAUGCUGCCUGGAUCAGCCCAACAUUCAGACCAUCAUGCCUAAUUUGCCGUCGAAUUGGUUAGGAAUUGCAGAUAUCACUCGUAACACUUUCAUAUCAUCUUCGCAAAAGUUGUCAAACUUUUUGUCUUCAAAUGAAAGCGGUUCUGCACAGCAAUUCAGUGCAAUGGUGAUUGAUAUUCCCCAAUCGUCCAGUCUUUCCGACCAAACUUCCAGUACCAGAAGCUGUUCCUCUCCACUAACCGAUAUUUACAAACCAACAUCACUGGCAGCUUCUCGAUUCGACCACGAUUCAUCUCGACACCUAUCACAGCUCCUGGAGACGGUCGGAUUGUUUCAUUAUUCAGAUCUCUUUAAGCAGAACGAAGUGGAUCUGGCGAUGUUUACGACUUUGAAAGACGAAGAUUUGAUCAGUAUUGGGAUUGUCUCGUUCGGUGCCAGGAAAAUCCUGUUGAAUGUCAUUCAAGAACUGCGUCGCUGAUGUUCACGUCGUUUAUUCAUCACUGUCAACAGAUUUAGACUUUCGUGUUUCUUCGUCGUUUCACUCGUCACUAUUAACCUUCUGACCCAGAAUUCUUUUUCCCGCAUCGUAAUUUUUUCACUGGACCCUUGUAUAUACGACCACUUCACUUUUGAUCAUUACAAGCUUGACUCCUGAAAUAUGUUGUUAGGAUUCAUUUCAAAGUUUACCACCAUAACACAAGGGACGUCAAAAUUGACUCUUUGAAAUUGGUGAUGAUCUUCACCUCUGAUUUUGUAAAUGAUAGAUGUGUUAGAUGACGAAAGCAACUCUACUAAGGCCGACCUUGGAAUGGCACUCAAUAGGAAAGAUACAUCGAUUUUCGUGUUUGCGGCAGCUCACCGUGAAAUUCCAAAUCGAUUUCAGCUCACAUCUGCUGUGGAAUGGAUGAUUCUCCAAUUUUUCCAAAAGGUAGAAGAAUAUUACUGUCUGUAAAUACAA